CCAACCAAAACACGGAAGUAGCGCGGAUUAGAGAGCCAAAAGUCGCAUUAAAGCUGCAGUUGCUUCGGUAUUUGUGGGAGUAAUUUUUCAUCUUUCGCCAUGGAAGACCAAGAGAUGCAGCUUAAAGUUAGACGAGUGAGUGACAAAUUCACGGAGAGCAUGUACGUUCUGGCUAACGAGCCGUCCGUGGCUCUGUACAGACUGCAGGAGCAUGUCAGGAGGUCCCUACCUGAGUUGGUGCAGCAUAAGACAGACAUGCAGAGCUGGGAGGAGCAGAGCCAAGGAGCCAUCUACUCAGUCGAAUAUGCAUGCAGUGCUGUGAGAAGCAUGGCCAAGAGCAGUGUGUAUUUCAAAAACAUUGACAGCCUGCUGCGACAAGCCAUCAGCAUGAGGGAGCAGAUGAGCAUCUCUCAAGGACGCAGUCAUUUGUUUUUUCUUUUUUUGUAUCACAUUUUUCUGAGGUUUGUUUGUUUCCCCCCGCCAUCCACCUGCAUUAAUUUUGCACGAUGCAAACCCUUCUCCCAGUCCCUUUGUUGCUGCUUCGCGUGCCUCAUCCACCUCAUCUUCCUCAUGACGGUGCUAUGUCCAAGAAAAAGGACAGUGGAUCCAGGCAUGCCAAGGGACACAGGAGAGAAGCACAACUCUGGACUGUGACAACACUUCCCGACCUUUCCUCAUGUUCUGCUACUUCUCUCUGCUACCUCUUUGAUUGAAGUGGGGUGGUCAAGGUCCUAACCCCCUUCACAGCCUAGCCCACCUCCCCCAAGCACAAGCUGCUCAGCAGAACAGAGCCUUCCAGCGCUACCAGGUUCGGCUUUAAAAAACACUCAAGUCAUGGAUGCCGCUCAAAGGGCACAUUGUUCUCUUGAGCUCGCUGGACGAGAACAGCUCUUUUCUUUCUCGGUUGUUGACGGCUGACAUUUUGGACAUUAGCUGUCAAGGACACCCCCUGCUGUUGUUUAGUGUUACUCAUACGGUAUGGUAUGGAUACACCAGCAUAUCAUUAGUUCAUAUAGUAAAGUAUUGCUAAACCCCCAUUAUAUAUAUAUAUAUAUAUAUAUAUAUAUAUAUAUAUAUAUAUAUAAGCGAUAUUGUGAUAACAUCAAUUAUGGUGCAAGCAUGAAAUAUGAUGUACUGUAUCUUUUAUUGCUUGUGUUACGCUAAUGAUGCAAGUGCAUCAAAUAACGAUAUUGUGAUAUAAUGUUAUCACUGGUGGUACCAUAUUGAUACACCAACAUCAAAUAGCGAUAGGGUGACUUCUUGGAUCACUAUCGCUUAGGGUGCAGAAUUGAUAUUCAAAUAUCAAUAUUGUAAUGUAUGUAUCGUUAUCACUACAUUAGGAUCACAUAUCAAAAUUGCCGUUGUCCUAUUAAAUGUGUUCUCCUAAAAAACAACCAAUAA